UAUAGGCGCCUAAUACAUCAAGCAUAGUAGAUAUUAUUCUUGCAAUAUAAAGAACACAUGAUGUUCACUAACUUGGCAAUGGGAAAACUCCAUCAAAAUUCCACUUUCAGAAGUCUUUUUUCAAGAUCAGUUCUUCGGCCCUGCAAAUCAAUCUUCCCCCCUAGUACAGCCAUGGAUUACCCCAAAAAUCGAGUCAUAAUUGAUCAUCGUCACCAUAUUAUGUACAUGAUUUUGUUGUUUGGUUUACUUCUUAUCUCCGUUAUCUUGACUUCUCCAAACAACACCCCUUUUUUCCCUUUGCAACUCUCACUCUUUAGCCCCUCAAAACAGUUACAUGAGACAGUAAAUAAAGAUGAUCUUGAACGAGCAUUGGCCGGAGCGUCAACAGAGAACAAGACGGUAAUAAUAACUGUUGUAAAUAAAGCAUACGUAGAGGGAGAUAAGCCAAUGUUAGAUCUAUUCUUGGAUGGUUUUUGGCAUGGAGAAGGCACUAGGGAAUUAGUGAAUCACUUGUUGAUUGUUACCAUGGAUCAAACCUCUUAUGAACGGUGUAAAUUCCUACAUCUUCAUUGUUACAAGCUCGAAACGGACGGUGUGGAUUUUGGUGGAGAAAAGUUGUUUAUGUCUGAAGAUUUUAUCAAAAUGAUGUGGAGAAGAACCUUGUUCUUGGGUGAUGUUCUUAAGCGAGGUUACAACUUCGUCUUCACGGACACUGAUGUGCUAUGGCUUAGAAAUCCAUUUCCUAACUUGUACUCAAAUCAAAGCAUAGACCUUCAAGUCAGUACAGACAAGUUCAAUGGAAGCCAAUGGUCUGAAGAAAACCCAAUAAACACAGGCUUCUACAUGAUCAAAUCAAACAUCAAAACCAUUGCCUUGUUGGAUGCUUGGUAUGCUGGAAAACACAACGCCACGGGGUGGAAAGAACAAGAUGUUUUGAUCAAGUUAAUGAAAGAUGGCAUGUUCAAACAAUUGGGACUUACUGUUAGGUUCUUGGACACCCUUUAUUUCAGUGGCUUUUGUCACGACAGUCAAGAUGUUAACGUUGUUGCGACAGUACACGCUAAUUGUUGUCGUAGUAUAAGUGCCAAGUUGGCUGAUCUAACGGCUGUACUUCGUGAUUGGAGAAGAUUUAAGAAUGCGCCUGCGAAUCAGACAUCGACAUCUGGAUGGACUCAGCAUGUGAAUUGCUGGGAUUCUUGGAAAAGUUGAUGGAAUAUUUAGGCCUGACUAAUUUAGAGUCAAUUAUGAUAAAAUUACAAUCUUUCUGGAAAAGUAAUACUAUACGGAAUCAAUCUUUUGUAGUUUUCUUAGUAGUUGCAAAAAUACAUAAGGCAUAUGCUGAUUUUUCUAAAAGACUGGUGAGAUAUUUACACCUUAUGUCAAUACAGGUGCAGUUACAUUAUCGUUUAACCCAUACAUUCUUUUCUUA